UGGGAGGCAGCUGGUAAAAAACCGCAAAACCUACUGUCUCUUCUUCUUCAGCUUCUUUCUCUACCCCUACAUCUAAAACCCUCCGGUGCGGUCUGUUCCUCUCUGCCUGCUCAAGGAGAGGCAGAGUUGUUCUUCGAAGCUCGAAAAACCAUGAGGCCGAUUUUGAUGAAAGGGCACGAGAGGCCCUUGACAUUUCUCAAGUACAACAGGGACGGCGACCUCCUCUUCUCCUGCGCUAAGGACCACAAUCCCACCGUCUGGUUCGCUGACAACGGCGAGCGUCUCGGUACCUAUCGCGGCCAUAACGGCGCCGUUUGGUGCUGCGACGUCUCAAAGGAUUCGAUGCGGUUGAUAACUGGGAGUGCGGAUCAGACGGCGAAGCUAUGGAAUGUGCAAACUGGGCAGCAACUUUUCUCUUUCAAUUUCGAUUCUCCGGCGAGAGCCGUUGAUUUGGCUGUCGGUGAUAAGCUGGUUGUCAUCACCACCGACCCAUUUAUGGAACUCCCUUCUGCAAUUCAUGUGAAGCGCAUUGCCAGAGACCCUGAAGACCAGACCGGUGAAUCGGUUCUGGUAUUGAAAGGUCCUCAAGGAAGAAUAAACAGAGCUGUUUGGGGACCCCUUAACAAGACCAUUAUAAGUGCUGGAGAAGAUGCUGUUAUUCGUAUCUGGGAUUCUGAGACAGGAAAAUUGCUUAAAGAGUCAGGGGAGGAUGUUGGCCACAAAAAAACCAUUACAUCACUUACAAAAUCUGCUGAUGGUUCCCAUUUCCUCACUGGCUCCCUUGAUAAAUCUGCAAAGCUUUGGGAUAUCAGAACCUUGACUCUUAUCAAGACUUAUGUGACUGAGCGCCCCGUCAAUGCAGUUGCAAUGUCUCCACUUCUUGAUCAUGUGGUUCUUGGAGGUGGUCAAGAUGCUUCAUCUGUCACAACAACUGAUCACCGUGCUGGGAAAUUUGAAGCUAAAUUCUUUGACAAGAUUCUUCAAGAAGAGAUUGGAGGUGUGAAAGGCCAUUUUGGACCAAUAAAUGCUUUGGCUUUCAACCCAGAUGGUAAAAGUUUCUCAAGUGGAGGUGAAGAUGGUUACGUACGUUUACAUCAUUUUGAUCCGGAUUACUUCAACAUCAAAAUUUAGGCUUUAGGGAAGUAAGCAUUCUUCUCCACCGCAACAAGUGUUUCCAGUACCAACUUAUGUGUAUUGUCAUUGUUGUGAGAUCAAACCAUGUCUUCUGGUGUUUUGUUUUGAAGAGGGAAAACAGUUUUGUAGAAGUUUCUUUUUAUUUUCCUUAUAAAACAAUUUUAUUAUUUGUUGACAA